GCAUUAAAAAUCAAAACUUUCCCCACAUUUCUGUGGCUAACUCUUUCCUCUACCCUUCUCUUCUGCUUGAAGCAGCAGCAUAAUCACUGUUCCCUCAACUUCAAAUCUACCCUCCUUUCUCUCUCCUCUUUCUGUGUUCUUCUCUCUCAAAGAUCUUCAAAAAAGACUCUAACUACCAUUUUUUGUCGCAAACUCUUCAGAUUCUCUGAUGCCCACAAAUUUAAACAACAAAAUCAUCAAUACCCAUAUCUUAGUUUUCGCUUAUUUGUUUUUUCAAUUCAUUGUUGUUCUUGUUGUUCAGUAAUUUCGAUCACUUUUCUUAUUAAAAAAUUGAUUUUCUGCUAAAUUUGUACUGAAUAAGGAAGUUAUUUUUUUUUUUUUUGAAAAUUUACCGAUUAAGUACUUUGAUCUCGAGCUGCCAUUUUUAGCUACCUUGAUUUAUCUGCUGCGAGAUUUUGGGUGAUUAGAUUUCUUUAGUUUUGGUUCUUUGAUCUGCUGCCUUUUUGAGAAGCUCCUUGGAUCUAAGAAUUUAGGGUUUUUCCUCUUUUUUUACUGUUUCCAACUUCAAAUUGUUUUAUUUUGAGCUGUUUUUGGUGAUUCUCUUCUGUCUGUUUGGCUCAAUGCUUAUGGUGAAGGUCACAAAUUUACUUUUUGGGUAAAUUUUGCCACUUUUAGGGCAUUUCUGAUCUGGGUUUGAGUGGUUUUUGGUAAGCUGAUUUUAAUUUUCAUCAGUUGGAUCAAAGGGCCUUUAAUGCUUUGUGGAUAAAAUGCAACAGGAUCAAAGGAGAAAGACAUCUGCGGACGUGGACUUUUUUACAGAAUAUGGUGAGGGUAACCGGUAUAAGAUAGAGGAGGUGAUUGGUAAAGGAAGCUAUGGUGUUGUUUGUUCUGCAUAUGACACUCAUAUUGGAGAGAAAGUAGCGAUCAAGAAAAUAAAUGAUAUAUUUGAGCAUGUCUCAGAUGCCACACGCAUCUUACGUGAAAUCAAACUUCUCCGGCUUUUGCGUCAUCCAGAUAUUGUGGAAAUCAAACAUAUUUUGUUGCCUCCUUCAAGAAGAGAAUUUAAAGAUAUAUAUGUUGUUUUUGAGCUAAUGGAGUCUGAUUUGCAUCAAGUCAUUAAAGCAAAUGAUGAUUUGACCCCAGAACAUUAUCAAUUCUUUCUGUAUCAGCUUCUUCGAGGCUUAAAAUACAUACAUACUGCUAAUGUCUUUCAUCGAGACUUGAAACCAAAGAAUAUCUUAGCAAAUGCUGAUUGCAAGCUCAAAAUCUGUGAUUUUGGUCUUGCAAGGGUGGCUUUUAAUGACACUCCGACAGCCAUAUUUUGGACAGAUUAUGUGGCGACGAGAUGGUACAGGGCACCGGAAUUGUGUGGAUCCUUCUUCUCCAAGUACACACCAGCUAUAGAUAUCUGGAGCAUUGGGUGCAUUUUUGCUGAACUUCUUACUGGGAAACCUCUAUUUCCUGGAAAGAAUGUGGUCCACCAACUGGACCUCAUGACUGAAUUGUUGGGAACUCCAUCCCCUGACGCCAUUGCUCGGAUACGCAAUGAGAAAGCUAGGCGAUACUUGAGCAGCAUGCGCAAGAAGAAACCUAUUCCUUUCACCCAUAAAUUUCCUAAUGCUGAUCCUCUUGCCCUUCGUUUGCUAGAAAGAAUGCUUGCAUUUGAGCCUAAGGAUCGCCCUACUGCUGAAGAGGCUCUUGCAGAUCCAUACUUUAAGGGCUUGGCUAAGGUUGAGAGGGAGCCUUCUGCUCAGCCUGUAACAAAAAUGGAGUUUGAAUUUGAGAGACGGAGAAUGACAAAAGAAGAUGUAAGAGAGCUCAUUUACAGAGAGAUUCUUGAAUAUCAUCCAAAGAUGUUGAAGGAGUUUUUAGACGGUUCAGAGCCAACUAGUUUCAUGUAUCCAAGUGCUGUUGAUCACUUCAAAAAGCAGUUUGCUUACCUUGAGGAACACUACAAAAAUGGUUCGACUGGUGCUCCAAUUGAUAGGCAACAUGCUUCUUUGCCAAGGGCCUGUGUAUCAUAUUCAGAUAACUCAGUCCAUAGUUCUGUUGAAGUCACUGAUGAUCUCUCCAAAUGUCGCAUCAAGGAAGUCGAAAAGCCACAUGUGGACAGGAAUGGCGCAAUCCCAAUGACCAGGCUUCCUUUACAGGUUCCACAAAACGUACAGGCAGGAGCUGCUGCAAGGCCAGGGAAGGUUGUAAGUAACCUGUUGCGUUACAACAACUGUGGAGCAGCAGCAACAGCAGAGGUGAUGGAUCGACGGGCCGUGCGUAACCCAUCAGUUCCCUCUCAAUUUCCUACAUCUAGCUACCCUAAAAGAAAUCCCGGGUGCAAAAACGAAAGAGAAGAUGAACCUAUGGAAGGGUCUAAUAGUGUACAACCUAAGCCCCCGUAUUUAGCUAGGAAGGUAGCUGCAGCUCAAGGUGUGCCUGGUAGUCACUGGUACUAAGCGCACACGCGUAUAGUUUUUGCUAACACGACUACCUAUCAGCUCAUUGCUGGGGCUUCGGUUAGGGUGGGGGGGGGGGGGGAUAGGGGAUGAGAUCGUUUGUGAAGAUUGGUAUCCCGAUCAGAUGGAAGAAAGCAGAAUUCCUCAGUUUCUGGAAAAGUACAAUUGAACGGACUUGAAAGUUUCGAUGCCCUACCCACAAACUUGUUCUUGGUGUCAGUGACUUGGUGAUUUAGACUAUAUUGCAGAUGAUAAAUGAUGCAAUGGUCUUGAGAAGGAUAGAAGAGGCGGUAACGCAAUCCUUAUAUUUUCAUCUUUUUCUAGCAUUGAAAUAUUUUUAUGGCUUUUCUUCCAGGAUUAUAUUCUUCUUUGCACUUGCUAAUGUAUUUUUAUCUCCAAAAAUGUAAUAAAUGCCCUCUCAUCGUCAUCACACCUGAAAAAGUAGCCUGAUGUAUAAUUUGUGCAACUUAUCAAUUUUAAUUUUAACUGACAAAAACAUCUAUUAUUAGGUUGA